GUUAAAUUCCAGAAAUGGAACCACCAUAAUGGCGAAAAUCGAAAAUUCCAACACUCGGUAAAGGGGCGCCCCAAACAGGAGAGUCUUCACUCCCUGCAACUACACCUUCAGGGCCGUAGAAGAGUUCAGAAGGGAGGGAAAUUAAAACCCUAAGAACAAACUCUCUUUCUCUCUCUCUCUCGGAGAAGCACUUAUGUCACAGUUAAGCUCUCGUUCAAUUUAGCCUCUUCGAUUUCAAUUCCGAAGAAGUUAAUUGUUUUGGGAGUCCGAACAGUCUAUGGCGAGGCUUCUUCGGAACGCUUCCUGCUUCAGGCGCUAUCUACAUAUUCCGGAGGGACUCUGUUUCUUACACUCGUUGAUCACCGAGCAAGUGUGCGCACUUUUAAGAAAUGAAAGUUUGGGCUUUAGAAGAGACAUGUUGGGGACAUCUUCUCAGUUUUGCGAAUUUUCUUCAAAAGGUCGAAGGAAGUCUAAGUCAGAUGGAAGUGAUUCCAGUGAAGAUAAUAUGUCUAAGAAAGAUUUGGCACUACAACAAGCCCUAGACCAGAUUACAUCCUCAUUUGGAAAGGAGGCUAUCAUGUGGCUUGGUUCCUCUGUCCCUUUGAGGCAGGUCCCAGUGGUAUCCACAGGUUCUUUUGCUAUGGAUAUAGCACUGGGAACCGGUGGACUUCCAAAGGGACGUGUUGUGGAGAUAUAUGGUCCAGAGGCUUCUGGGAAAACUACUCUUGCUCUACAUGUAAUUGCUGAAGCACAAAAGCAAGGAGGUUACUGUGUGUUUGUUGAUGCUGAGCAUGCUCUUGACCCAGCUCUGGCCCAGGCUAUUGGAGUAAAAACUGACAAGUUACUUCUCUCACAACCAGAUUGUGGUGAACAAGCUCUCAGUCUUGUGGACACCCUAAUUCGAAGUGGUUCUGUUGAUGUUGUUGUUGUUGACAGUGUAAGUAAGGUAGCAGCACUUGUGCCUAAAGGUGAACUUGAUGGUGAGAUGGGUGACGCUCACAUGGCAAUGCAGGCUAGAUUGAUGAGCCAGGCACUUCGCAAAUUGAGCCACUCUUUGUCACUCUCACAGACUAUAUUGAUAUUUAUAAACCAGAUAAGAUCGAAGCUUUCUACUUUUGGAGGAUUUGGGGGGCCCACAGAAGUUACCUGUGGUGGUAAUGCCUUGAAGUUCUAUGCUUCAGUGCGCAUUAAUAUUAGGAGAAUAGGGCUUGUCAAGAAGGGUGAAGAGACUGUAGGAAGCCAAAUUCUUGUGAAGAUUGUGAAGAACAAACUUGCCCCUCCAUUUAAAACAGCCCAAUUUGAACUAGAGUUCGGCAAGGGUAUAUGUCAGGAAGCAGAGAUCAUAGACUUAGGAGUGAAACACAAAAUUAUCUCAAAGGCUGCUUCAUAUUACAAUUUUAAUGGCCAGAAUUUCCAUGGGAAGGACUUGUUUAAGAAGUUUCUGUCUGAGAAUGAAAGUGUAAGGGAAGAACUUACUGCAAUGCUCAAGGAGAAGCUACUUUGUGCCAAAACAGAAGAGAAACAAAAAACAGAGGCUACAAAUGGAGAUCUUGCAGAAGAAACUGUUUCACCUGAUUCUACCGAUGAGGAAGCAGUCACUGCUCUUGAAGCCUAAGUGAAAAUUUGACCUUGAAGCACAGCUGGGAGGUUUUUCUCCUUACCCCCCAGGUGGGCUUCGUCGAUCCCCAUGGUCAGCCAUUGCAUUAUCCCGUCAAUGGGUGGUAUGCUCAUUUUUUUGUGGGACACUGCUUGGUUUUACUAUUGGGAAGGCAUAGGUUCGGAAUCACAUGCUACUUUUUCUUUUAGUCAUUUGCUAAGGUUUUCAAAUUGUGUUGUAAAUCAAAUGUGUUUGUAAUGCAAUAUAAUAUGGGUCAUGUAUCCAAUGAAAGUUUUUUUGGUUCAGAAGCA